AAAAUGUAGACACUGUACUGCUUCUGCUAGUUUAUUUAGCUCAAAUAUUGAUGACUGCCAUCAAUAACUGUAACAUGUAACUUUAACAAAUUAGAGUUCCUUUUACAGUUCCUUGGUUUAAGUUGAAUCCAUCAGAUCUCACACACACUAAAUGCUUUUUCUUUCACUUUGAACUUUUGGCAAAGUGACAAAUUUAAUUCUGUCUUCUCAAAAUGUCAUAUAUAACAAUCAGAAAACAGUUCCAUACACUAUGCUGUACUUUUCUUUGUUAAUGAUGCUUAUUUUGCCAAAACCUUUAAUGUACUUUUGAGCACAUUUUGUCGUUGCAACCAAAUUUAGGCUGUACAUUCACAAUCCAAGUCUUAAUUAUGAGGGUUUAUCAUUUAUUAUGUAGGUUGUUGUUUAGUGGUCCUGUGGAGGAUUUAGGUUUUCUCCACAAAUUCCAGAUUCUCAGCCACUUUGUGUCUGUGACAACACAUUUUGAAUAUUUCACAUUAGUUCUUUGACUAACAGCAGCUUUCCUUAACAGGAAAUUGCAAAGGUUUCACUUAUGAGGUUGUAUAGCCAGGCAGGCAGGCAGGGAGGCAAAAAAAAAAACAGGCUGGACGUUGCCAAAUUUCAAGAGACGUAAGGUCAACACAUCAAGUGAUAGCGGAACAGAGACUAGCUGAAGCACUGAGGUCCUCUGGUGGCGAAACAGAAAAACAGCUCAGAGAAGAACUAUUCUUUAUCAGUAGUUCUGCUGAUUAUUCUUUAUGUUAACCAGUGAAUAUUUAAUUAAUUUAUUAAUUUUAGAAAUGUAAAAUAUGAGAAGACAAGAAAUGCACCAUUAUUCUUAACCAGAGGUUGAUAUUACAUUUACUAUGUGAGGCAAUUAAAUAAAGCAAAACUUUACAUUUGAGAUGCAGGAACCAAAAAACUUUACCACUUACCUAACUUUAGACCAGUGCUAACCAUGAAUGCUUUGACUCUUGGUACAGAAUGUCUUGUUGAUUUCCACAGAAUCUCCACUGCUGAUCAGAGCUCAAAUGCAGAGAACAAAGGCUUGUUAAAAUUCUACCGACCAUUUAAAAACCAGAAGAACUUGUUUCAUAUUCCACUAGCUUCUUGUUGUUUUACACAGUUUCAGUGAACUGCAUCUGACCCCACCACCAUCUAGUAAUCUGUAACAGAGAUGACCUAACCUUACUGUCAACGCUGCCGAUUACAGUGUGAGCUCCACCUACAUAUUUUUUCCAUUAGAAAAGUUCUAACUCUGAAACUAGUCCCACUCUAAUUGUGGAACUCCCCCAGGUUUCCUCAGAUUAUAUAGCAGAACUGUUGCAUUACCAUAAAAAUGACAAAUGGCAUGAAUACUGGACUGACAUAGAAAAUGAGUGCCUAAAAUGCUUUUAUUUGCACAAUUUUUCUGGAUUUUUUGUUUUAUUUAUUUUGAACUUAGCUUAACUGUCUCUAGCUGUCAUUAACGUGCUUUAUAAGCCUUCUGCAUGUUCCUUCUUCCUCCCAACCAGUGGCACCAAAAGUUCAAAAGCACCAACUCUAAAGUGUCAGAAGUGAUUUCAGGCCCCAGAACUUCCUACUUCAGGAUCUGCUCAAGUUGUUUUGCCAACAGCCACAGCUCAUGUACAUUUUUGUCAGUUAGUAGUUCAGUUAAUCAUUCAGUCUAUCAAAGCCACAGAUUGGAAGGAAGUGGGAGACUUUGGUUUCCUUUGCAGAGUUGAGUGGUGAAAAUGUCUGGGGUACAUACAGGCAUUUCUGUGUAACAGCAUGUGAGUUAAGGUGGACAAAUGAUUCAAAUGACAUGGGUUUAGAAAUGAAGAUCCUGAAGAAGAAUGUACAUAUAUGGCAGCUACCAGAGUGAUUGUACUUUAAUACAAGGUGGUGAAGAAUUUGUCUUUGAAAUUCAAAAGCAGCACUAAUUUUGAGGAACUGGAAAAGACAAGUGACAAAAAGGUUGUCUUAAUUUCAAUAUGAACACAGAUUAGUGUCAAUGUUGCUCACGUCAUGGUUUAAUUAAUGACCUUAAGUGACCAUAAAUAUGCAUUUAUGACUGUUGAAUUUGCAUUCUUCCUGUUGAAAUGUGGCUUAAGCUGUGUUGCCGGACAAUUCAUUUACAUAUGCUGAGGUAAAUGGUGUCAUGUUGCAAAACUCACUCUCAUAUAGAGACAAAUAAUGACUUGAACCUGCUUUUCACAGUCUUAAAUUAGUAGACAAGUUGGGUCCUCAUUAUCAAAGCCUUGGCAGGAGAGAGUUCACUGGUAUGUGCCAGGAACAAGAGUCUCAACACUUCUGAUGACUCAGUGAGAUGGAGUUUUGAGUUAGAGCUUUGGAAAUAAUUAUUCGACUACUGUGAUCACCUGUCUCUUCCCUUGCAGUUCUUGGUGGAGCCAUACUGUGCUUUCUUCUUAAGGGUGUAAUGGACAGCUCUUUUGCUGCUUCCAGGCUGGUUGGCAAUAGCUGUAUCCCACUUCAUUAAACACCAUUAUGGAUGUCUUCUCGCCAUUUUUGCAAUUUUCUUGUGUUUGACAUUGUUGAGUGAUGAUUUAGUUCAUAUUGUCUGUAGACUUUACAUAUACAUCUUAUGCACAAAAUAGCAACACUCAAGAAAAGUGGCAUCUAAGUGAAUUUUCAAAUUUUUAGUUCCGAUAUGUCACAUUUUUUGAACAAUUUAUUGUAUUUAUCAAAUUAUUAUUUGACUUUUUGUCUUUUAAAAGAUGGUAUAAAUAUUUAACCAUUGCAAUCAAAUUUAAACAAAAUUAUCACUGUUAAAGGCCUUUUGUGUAGCCCUUGUAAGAAAACGGCAUGCGGUGUAACUAUAACUAUAUACUGUAACUAUGUACGAAGCUGUAAAUAGUACCAGGCUCACUGUAUAAAUCCAAAUGUUCGUAUGUCUAGCAUUUGCUUAUUGCCACAGAAACUUUGGCGGUAGCUGAGGUUAACGUGUAUGCUGCUCAAAGGUGGUGACAAAAAUGCUUUCGUUUUCAUUUACCCCAGGGUGUGGCUUGUGAUAUAAGGGGAUGCAUAGAUCCCUUUCAGGUCAUUGUCUCUUCGACGGCAGAAAAUCGCAAAUCAAGAUGGCUGGUUAUUGUAGAGGUGGUACGGCAAAAGUGUACCCAGAGAUGCGCCAUGGACAGUGGGCUGCAGUGAAGAAGGUUCCUGGAAGCCUGAGGUCCCAUCAGGACAUUACAAGAGAGUAUCAGAUUUAUAAGGCAGCAGAACAUCACAACGUCGUCAAGCUUUUGGAGAGUCCAACAAUGCAGGAUAACAUGUGGCACAUCGUAAUGGAAUGGAUCUUUGGAGAAAACCUGGAGAAUAUCAUAUUCGAUCCAAGCAGUUCAACCAUAGAGCUUACCCCAGCAAUCACGAGAACAGUCAUCACAGGAAUGUGCGAAGGACUGUAUCACCUCCACUGCAAGGACAUUGUGCACCAAGACCUGAAACCUGAAAAUAUUAUGGUGGAAAGCUACACUUACCGAGCUGUGAUCAUUGACUUGGGCUUUGCCAAGUUUUACCGAGGUGGCCUCAACUCUGCUGCAGAUAUCGGAAAUCUUGCCUAUGCAGCCCCAGAGAUCCGAACACAACCAGGGGCUCAGCGAGACCAUUGCUCUGAUGUGUGGGCGAUGGGUAAGAUCAUCGCUGAGCUUCUCAUUGGACGCAGGAUUUCACGCACAAGUCCCGCUUACAUACAGGAAAAGCUGAGUGGUAGUGCUUACUGUGACCUGGUCAGUAGCAUGUUAGAUGGCAGUCCAAUACCCAGAGCCACUAUGGCACAAGUCAUUGGUGCAAUAAGAACAGCAGGGAGAAGUGCAAGUGAGCCACUGUUCACUCCCUGCUUCAACCAAGUCCAACGUGGUGAGGUAAUGGGUGUUGCUUGCGCCAUGCCUCUCUUACCAUCUCAUAACAUGCCUUUAAGUUUAAAUUUACCAGAUCCCUUACCUUCCAAUGGCAGUGUCAAGUUUUAUGACAUGAAAAGAAACCCGGGGCGGAGAGGUACGACAGUCACUCAGGGUGAAAUCCGAAUGAGGAAUGGCCAGGUGGAUCGGGCUACGAUGAUAACAACAACGAACGAAGAUGAUGCACCUCUAAAUUCACUGGGUUACUGGGGUAAUUAGGUAAGAUUUCAUAACUAAAGGAAGCUCAUUUUGGCUGCUUGUAUCUGCAGCCUCAUUCAUUCAGUCACUACCGAGCUCAUGACCAUAGGCGAGGGUAAGAAUAUAGAUAGACUGGUAAAUUAAGAACCUUGCCCUCCGACUCAGCUCCAUCUUCACCAGAAUGUUUUGGUAUGGGGCCUAUUUUACUGCAGACUCUGCACCAAUCCAUCUGUUUAUCUCACCAAUCUGUCUGUCCAUCUCAUACUCCACUUUCCCGUCCCUUGUGAACAAGCUCUCAAGCUAUUUAAACUCCUUAACUUGGGACAGCAAGUCAUCCCCAACCCAGAUUAAGCAAUCCACCGGUUUCCAAUAGGGAGCCAUGGCAUAGAAUUGAGAGGGGAUGGAUCUUGUGCCGUCCGCUUAAUACUCAGCUGCAAACUGCCCCAGUGUGUCCUGAGGGCCACGAUCUGAUGAAGCCAACACUACUUCAGUUAGAAGUAAUUACAUGAAAUUGAUAUUUGUAGUUUAGUAACUGGGUGUAGUUACCGCUUCUUGGUCCUCUUGAGUUACUGGUCUUAUUAUGAACAAUAAAAAAAUUUGCAUUUUGUUUAUGGAAAAAAACGAAAUAUUUAGAUCUUUUGCAGUUGUCUGAUUUAGAAAAAAUAAAAAGUUCUCGCAGGGGUGGUUUGCUUUGAAUGUGUACGGCCAUUCUGUAAAAAAUGUGUGCAUUGGCAUCCACAUGCUGUCUUAGGGCGCCCUCUAUUGGACAUUAUGCUAAACUACAUGUUAUUUUGCUCAGUAAUUAUUCCAGUUUUAAAAUGGUGGUAAAACUGGUGGGGAGUGAGAGGAGAUGCUGUCUUACUUUACUUAUUAUUAAACGUCUUUUUCUCUUUAACAUGUGAGAUAUUUUAUAACUUUGAAUUUAAGGCAGUGACAGAAGUAAUGUAUGUGUCACAUUGCAGGAAUGAUCCAUUUUAGACUAGAGAGCUGUAAAGAUACUGUCAUUUGUUUAAGGUGGGGAUAAGUUUUCAGGAUCAUCAUUGCUUAAGUUUUACAGUAUUGUGUGUUCCUUUGCUAUUUUAACUCUUUUUUAAUCUCAUUGUUUUCUAUGAAGAAGGAGAGUACACAUGAAAAAUGUUCUAAUACCUGAUAGACAUACUAAUUAAUGCAACCAAAUUUUUUUUUUCUUUUUUUUUCUUUAACAUCUGGGUUGGUUUUAGGGAACCAUAUAUGUUACUUUUAAAACUGUAGUACUUAUGAUAUAUUAUGUGACAAUGUAUUUUGACAAUGCAGCCUUUUUACCAUGUAAAUCUUCCAAAUUAACAAAUGAACACAAGAGAUGUGUAAUAAUGACACGUCCUCUCUAAGACAUAAAAUCACAAUUAAUUGCUCUCCCAUACAGUUGAAAAUGAUGUCUUAUUUUAAUUUCCGAUGUGCCUUGUCAGGUUUUUGUAUUUUUCCAGCUUAAAUAUGCUUUUAUUCUGGUUGGACUUUUAACUCAUCAAAAUAAACAAUUAAUGUACCUACACAAUAAUACAGA